AAUCACCAUCCAGAAUCAAUAUCAGCCUACCAUUCCGUAACGCAACAACUAUCGACAAGUCUAAAAAUGUACUGUGAUAGAAUAUUUUCGUUAUACGUAAAAAAUACAAGCAACACUGAUCUUACACAUAGCAAUGAUAAUUUUAAACGAUGUGAAUCACCAUACUAUAUAGGUAUGAAAAUAUCUGAGAACUAUCCUAGCCUACACAUUCAAAAUUAACCCCAGCAGUGCAAAUCUCAAAUGCCCCCGUGAACCGAGAUGACCAAGGUCGUUGGAGUAAAUGCACGAGCGGAUUUGAAAAGCACUGGAGUAAAAUGCCACAGGUCAUGCAUCGAAGCAUUUGAAGACUUGAAGCGUAAUAAGAAGCAUCGAUACAUCCUCUUCCAUAUUGAAGAUGAUAAAGAAAUAAAAGUCCUGUGUCAAGCUGAUAGAACGGAAACGUAUCAUAAUUUUAAGGAUAGUUUAUUAAAAAAGAUGGAUGAAGGUGAAGGAUGUUAUGCAGUUUAUGAUUACGAAGCCGAAGGGAAACUACCUACUCUAAUAUUCGUCUCGUGGGUUCCGUCUACACUUGAUGUUAAAAAGAGAAUGAUAUAUGCUGCUUCAAAAAGUGUAUUGAAAGCGAGUUUGAUUGGUAUUAAACACGAAGUCGAGGCAAAUGAUGUGGACGAAAUCGAGGAGGAAGAACUGCGCAAAAAAGCUUUAUAACUGUUCAUCUUAGUUGUAUGUUUCGAAAAUUCACAUGGAUUUUCUCAUUUGCGGGUUAGUGCAUUUUAAGAGACUUCUCACUCGUCAAACCUGUAUUUUCAUUUCUAAAUCUGAUGAUAGUUUGUCAUACACGUCAGUUUUUUAAUCUUUUGGUCCAGUGUGCGCUUCUAAUAUAUGUAUACUCCAGAAUUCAGCUCCAUCGCCCUGUGCAUUAUAAAUAUUUAUGCUUAGUUGAUUGAACCUUAUUUAUUCUAAUUCUUGCUCCUACCUGGUCUACAAAAGCCUUAAUUGUUAAAUUUCUAAAGACUUGGACUCCCAAAGUUUAAUACCACCAAGUUACUAUUAAAGCUGAUACUUGUUUUUUACGCAUGUCUAAUGAUUGUACCAUUAAUUUUUGGUAAUAAAGUGAUCUCCGUGUUCU